AUGAAAAUUGAACAAAGCCUCAACAACGAACUUGUUUCGUUCCUUGCACUCUCUUUAGUCUCACUACUCUUCUUGAAACUCAUAUCCAUCAACAAAAGAUCACCAUCCCCACUCCUUCCGCCGGGGCCGACCGCCUACCCGGUGGUCGGCAGCCUGCCCGAAAUGCUGCUGAAGAAGCCCGCAUUCCGAUGGAUACACAAUCUCAUGCAAAAACUCAACACCGAGAUUGCUUGCAUCCGCCUCGGCAGCGUCCACGUCAUCGCCGUCACUUCUCCGGAGCUCUCCAGAGACUUCUUGAAGAAGCACGACGCCAUCUUCGCCUCCCGCCCCGAGGCAGUCUCAGCCCGCCUCAUCAGCAAUGGAUACUUGACACUAGCCUUCUCUCCCGCUGGGGAGCAGUGGAAGAAAAUGAGGAAGGUUAUGGUGUCGGAGGUGCUCUCUAUGCGUGUGUUUCGAAGCCUCCACGCAAAGAGAUGUGAGGAAGCCGAUCACCUCGUGCGAUAUGUAUACGAUCAGUGCAACAAUCCACUCCAAAAUGGGGUUGUGAACGUCAGAGAUGCAGCCCGGCACUACUGCGCUAAUUUAAUCAGGAAGAUGGUGUUUGGAGAGAGGUUUUUCGGAAUAGGAGCAGAGGACGGAGGCCCGGGAACUGAAGAGAGAGAACACGUGGAUGGAUUGUUCACUCUUCUUUUGUUUCUCUAUGGAUUCGCCAUUGCUGAUUUUAUACCAUGGUUGGAGGUUUUCGAUUUCGAUGGACAUAAAAGGAUUGUAAAGAAUGCGAUUAAGAAUGUAAGAAAAUACCAUGACCCACCAAUCAAUAAGAGAAUGAAGAUGUGGCAACUAGGGCUAAAGAGUGAAGAAGAUGAUAUUCUUGACCUUUUGAUUAACCUCAAAAGCCCAGACCAUACUGAGCCCCUUUUGUCAGUUCGAGAGAUUACAGCACAAAUAAUUGAAAUAAUGAUUGCUACUGUUGAUAAUCCAUCGAAUGCAACUGAGUGGGCUUUGGCGGAGAUGAUCAAUCAACCAGAUAUUCUUGCAAAGGCAUGUCAAGAAUUGGACCGAGUUGUAGGUAAAGACAGACUCGUGGAAGAAUCAGAUAUACCUAACCUAAAUUAUAUAAAGGCUUGUUUGAAAGAGUCAUUUAGGAUACAUCCGUUAUCACCAUUUAAUGUUCCUCAUAUUUCGAGCAAGGAUGUUGAUGUGGGUGGCUACUUCAUUCCGAAGGGGAGCCAUGUGUUGCUCAGUCGUCCCGGCCUAGGGCGCAACCCUAGGGUUUGGGAUGAGCCUCUCAAGUUCAAGCCAGAGCGUCACAUUGUUGAUGAAUCAUCAGAAGUGAAGCUUGUGGAUCAAGAAUUGCGCAUGUUGUCAUUCAGUACCGGGAGAAGAGGAUGCCCUGGCUAUCUACUUGGUUCUACCAUUUCCACUAUGCUUUUGGCUAGACUUAUUCAGGCUUUCAGGUGGAAGCCACCCCUUGAUACAGAUAUCAUUGAUUUAGCUGAGUCGGGCCAUAAUUUGGGAUUGGCUAAACCUUUGAUUGCACAUGCAAUGCCACGAUUGGACUCACAAAUUUAUAAGCAAAUCAUCUCAAACUAA